GGCUUUCCUCGUUCCAAAAAACCACUGGAACUUUCCGAAACGUUCUCUACCAUCGAAUGAGACGGUGGCAGAACUGCCAGCCGAAGAACAGCUACUCGAAAGCCAUUGCUGACAAAGUAGAGACCUCGGGACGUAAGUCUGCUGCCUAUGGAAGCCGAGGCUGCAAAUGCUCCAGAGUUGGCUCUUGCUGACACCGACAUCAACUGGGACAGGUUGGACAAGACAAGGUUUCACAUUAUUGGGGCUAUCUUCUUUACUGCUCAGUCAGCCUUGUUACAUCCUACGGCAGUUGUAAAGACUAGAAUGCAAGUUGCUGGUUCUGGUCUCUCCAACAUGCGCGGUAUUUCCGUAUUUGAACAGAUGUUGAAGACUGAUGGUAUCCCUGGCCUAUUUAGGGGUUUUGGCACUUCAGCCGUUGGAUCAUUGCCUGGUAGAGUCUUGGCUUUAACAUCACUUGAAGUGUCAAAAGAUAUGAUGUUAAAAUAUACUGAAGGUCUAGAUAUGCCCGAAGCAACACGUAUUGGCAUUGCGAAUGGAGUGGCAGGGAUGUUGUCAAAUUUAGUUUCUUGCAUAUACUAUGUUCCUUUGGAGGUGGUCUGCCAGAGACUGAUGGUACAAGGGAUUCCUGGGACUACAGUCUGCAAUGGACCAUUUGAUGUUGUACGUAAGGUGAUAAAGGCUGAAGGGUUCCGCGGAUUGUAUAGAGGCUUUGGAUUGACAGCUGUGACUCAAUCCCCAGCAUCUGCACUUUGGUGGGGUGCCUAUGGAGCUGCCCAACACAUGAUUUGGAGGAGCUUGGGUUACAGAGAUGAUAUGGACAAAAAACCGUCUCAUAUGGAGAUGGUAACAGUUCAGGCAACGGCAGGAAUGGUAGCUGGUGCUUGUUCAUCGGUUAUCACAACUCCCAUUGACACUGUAAAGACUAGACUUCAGGUCAUGGAUAAUUUUGAGGGAGGAAGACCGUCAGUACUCAAGACUGCAAGGACACUCAUUAAGGAAGAUGGAUGGUGGGGCUUCUAUAGAGGGUUUGGACCUCGAUUCUUAAAUAUGUCUCUCUAUGGAACAACAAUGAUUGUUACCUAUGAACUUAUAAAGAGAUUGUCCGUGAGGCAGUAACAAGAUCUCAAGCUGGAGGAGACACUGAGAUGGGGAGUGGCAUUCUCGUCUUGCAUUACAUGGCACAAGAAUGGUUAGACUCUCUUUAGUUGUUCUCAGACAGAGGUAGUUCAAUACUUCAAUUCACUUCCUCCAAUGUGGUUUCCGGUGUUUUCUUGUAAAUGUUACAAACCAUUGAGCAUUGCUCAUUCUUCACUGUUAUGAGGACAUUGGACUGUAAUUCAUUGACUCCACCAAACGUAUUGUGGGAUUUGAAACGAUUUUGUAAGAGUGGUUACACCAUGAAAUAGAAUGAUAAUUCAGCCA